UGGGGGAAGCGCCGUCUGCAGAUGCCUGCCAUUGAUCGCUUGUUGGCUGCUGUUGCUGUUGCUAGAUUAGACCAAGCGUCCAUGUUAGUUUUAUUGUAGGUUAUCGUGGUUUUGUGCGGGAUUCUCAAAUCCCUCCUGGACUUAUAGGUAGUGUAUGUGUCUUGUGAUAUAAGCCGGCUGCAUGUGGAGCUCAGGGGCAUUUAUCUUCCCUCCUCAAGGAGUUUAUUACCAGCAUAUGGUGCAGACAGGCAUGACGCCGUCGCCGUACGCCACACAGUUCGCCCAGAACGGCGAGGCUGCUGGUCCUCUGAAGGCGGCGGAAGCUGGUAAAGAAGCUCCCGUAGUGCCUGGACCACCCUUCUCCCCGCCACCUGCCACUCUACCUCUCAACGGCAUCGAACAACCCUCCGUAACAAUUAAGGAACAGAGACCACCAUUUACCGAGACAGUUACACAGACAGAACCAGAACAGACAGACUCCACCAAUGGCCAACAGCAGGGAGCCACAGCCAAUGGCACAGCAGUACCUCCUCCCCCUGGCAACCUGGCCCUGGCUGUGCUAAACCAGCAACAGGAGGGCAAGAGUCAAGCUAAGAGACUGCAUGUCUCCAACAUACCCUUCAGGUUCAGAGACCCUGAUCUCCGUGCCAUGUUUGGGCAAUUUGGUCCAAUUCUUGAUGUUGAAAUCAUUUUCAAUGAACGGGGCUCUAAGGGAUUCGGUUUUGUAACAUUCGCAAAUAGCGCAGACGCGGACCAGGCACGAGAGAGACUUCAUGGCACCGUGGUUGAGGGAAGAAAGAUUGAGGUGAAUAACGCCACUGCCAGAGUUCAGACAAAAAAGCCACCAGCUUUGUCUAAUGUUUGUGCCGUCCAAUGGCCAGAAGGAAGACUAGACCUUGCCCUGCCACCCCUCGCCCUCGAUACCACAGCUGCGUUGCGGGGAGUCGCCAUACAGAGAGGCCGAGCGCGUGCUGGAGCUGCUGCAUUCCCGGCUGCGGCAGCUGCUGCGGCGGCCUUCGCUCGUCAUCCGUCACCGCUCACGGCUGCCACCGCGCUGCACGGAUACACACCCGGGAUGUACUACGAUCCAUUCCUGGCCGCUCACGCAGCUUCGGCUGAUCCCAACUACAGACUACAGGCGGCAGCCCCAGCAGCAGAGGUAGCAGCAGCCGCUUCACCUCUACUGAAAGCACCUUUGUCAACGGCAGCGCAGCAGGCUAGUUAUGCAUCUGCAGCAGCUUAUACCGCGGUCGCAGCGAGGGCAUAUAACGCAGCAGCUGCUGCGGCUCAGCCUGUGGCUGGCUACACGGUCGCUGGAUAUGGCCGUGAUUACGCUGACCCUUACUUAGGACAUGGGAUUGGACCCAUGGCAGGAUAUGGAGCGGCUGUAUACAGAGGGGGCUACAACAGAUUUGCGCCAUACUAAACCAUCGAGCCACGUCGAUCUACAGAGAGCACAUCUUCAUAGUUACCUGAUCCAACUGUCAAGCUCCGUGCUACUGAUAGACAUUACUCUGUGGUCGAUAGGUUCUCACGGAACACCAAUGUUAGAUACGUCGCUCCCUAUUCCGUGUAUUUGAUCCUAUUUAUUGCUACGGUUUAAUCAAACGCCCCAAAUUUUAUCUGAGUGUUUGUCUGUACAUACAUAACGAUAUUUUUUUUAUAAAAUUAGAGGAAUCUCAGAUAGUGUUAUACACGUGUAGUUUUAAUGUAAUUUCUCUUUUUAUAUAAUAUAUAUGUUGUAUAACUAUAGAAGAUGAAAAGACGUACAAUCAGUGAGGAGAAUUUCCACAGCUGACUUAUAAUACUCUUGAAUCCAUGACCUUGUGUGUUAUUAGUAAUUAAAUAUAACAUUAAACGGCAGUAAUGGGAAACUUUGAAAACUGUUUAACAUGGAGAAUCUGUUUAUUUUAUCCAGUUAACAUGUAUAUACAAUGUUAUCAUACACAUUCUAUCUGUUUUUUAAUUAGUUUUAUAAAGCUUUCAUUUCAUUCAGGUACCUCUAGGCUUAUGAUCUGUAACUUUUACCAACACAAACGUUGAUUUUUAUUUCUCUAUUUACAUUUAUAUAAACUCUGUAUAUUUUACAAAUAUGUAUCAUUUUGCUAUUAUUUCAAAGAUCACAUUACUGUCACUGGAUAUUCCACAUUGACCUUGAUAUGAGGCUUUUCUGGCAAUGACAAUUUGCCAUUUUUAGCAAUUUGUAGGAGAAAACUUAAUUGCAAGCAAUUGUUUUAUUUUAUUAUCAAUUAUUUUACCAGCUAUCUUAUUUGAAUCUGAUCAUAAACAGCAAUUAUAAAUCUUGAAAAUAAAAAAACCCCACCUUGUCAAAGUGGAACAACAAAUCUGUAAUAUGCAAUUCUCACACACAAGCAUCACAUUAAAAUAACAGCUAAAUGACAGUAUUGACUUUAAUUAAAUAUUAAGCUGUUGUACAUUUGACUGGAUUUUCACCUACUCUGUUCUGUUAAGUUUACUCCUACAAUAUGCUAUUAUCAUAUUUGAUAAAUUAUGUGCAAAGCGUCAAUACUUAUUUUUACAAUGUUAUUUGAUCAAAUUUAAAAAUAUAUGUCAGUAUUGUUAUAUUGUUUUACUAAGGUAUUUUUCUCAUAUAUGUACUCUUUAAAAUCGUAUUGGAACAAAUAUCAUUUUUUUUUUUCGUUUAAAGUUUUUGUCAAUCAAUUGUAAUUUUGAGUUAUUUUUGUUGUUAUUUGGAUUAUUGUUAAUGUACGUGUUAAAUAAUAAUGUAGGUUAUAUACUUACAUAUGCGAUUUAUAUAUAGGGGUGAAACAAAGAUUGUAAGGAAAAUGUUGUUACAUGACACUAAUUAUCUUAAAUACAUAGGUAAACAUUUUCUUCAGUAAAAACAAAAUGUUAGAUUCUCUUAUGAAUAUUAAAUAUAACCUUUUGAAGAUUUAUAACUCUUGAAGGAAUCUGUUUAUGCAACCUAAGUGUUUCAACCAGAUUUUGGUUCAGUAAAAAACAAAAGUAAACACGAACAAAUAUUGUACUAAUAUGAGUUUUGACUGUAGCGUAGAGGAGAGGCUGUGGAAGUGUGCUUAUCACGACGCACAUAUCUCUAGUUAAGGCGAGGCUCUCUUUGUGUGAUUGUUGUGUGCUAGAAACUCUUUAGCUUUGUGUGCGAAUGUUUGUAAAUAUUCAUAGUGGAUUCCUGUUUCCCAGUACACCUAGGUACAGAUGACCGACUACAGUAAUCCACUUAGUUAGACGUAGAGUCUUUUAUAUUAGGAUACUUGUAUUAUAAGUCCGAUGUUCUCUAGCGUACACGAUACUUUAGAUCUUCUUUAGAAUUAUGUAUAGAUAUUUUCAUGUCUGAGAAAUCGCAUAUGGGUAAUUGAUAUUAUGUGUUGUGGCAUUCAUAAAACCAAAGAGUUGAACAAAGUUGUGCUCAAUUAUCCGACCGGAUCGUUUGUAGACAUGAUUCUCAUUGUAAAUACUCAUGACAAGUCAGUUCUAGUAUUGUAAAUAAUCCCAUGGAUCUGAACUUGUCUUCUUCAGAUUGGCUUUAUUUUAACCUGACUGUGGUCAUUUCAUUUAUCGGUUGUACAAUUAAAACCACUAUUAAUGGUUUCUCUAAGUUGUACAACUAUAACCAUUAGAUUUCCAUAGAUUUGACAGUGGAGUUGCACACUAAAUACAGAAAGUUGGCAUGACCAACUUUUACUAAACUUUAAAAUUCAAUUUUUUCAAUAUAUUUCGGCAUAAGCCUUCUUUAGGAACAAAACAACAAACAAAAACUGUGGUACCGUGUUUACCACUCAGUAUCAGAUGGUUUAGCAAAAAUCUAGAUACAUAAUUGUUGAGGAAUAAAUUAUUACGAUUGGUAAAAUAUGAUGAAACUAAAAAUUAAAUUUAAAUUAUUUCUUUUGUAUGAUUUCUUGAUGUCUAACACUAAUUUAAUAUCUUAAAUUGGUUUUGUAUGUUUUGUUAUUUUUCUUUCAUAGCAACUGGCAUUAUUUAUGCUCAAUUUUAAAUGAUAAUUUCAGUAGUUCAGUUUAAAUACAAGAUUGACUUAUCCUCAUCUGUUUUGUUUGGUUUUACUAGCAUUUUAUUUUUACAAACACAUCAAAUGGUUUGCAGUUGUUAGACACAGACUGUAUUUAUAAUCCAACUUUAAAGAAAAAGCUACCCUUAGAACAAACCUUAGAACAAAAAUAGCUUUGUUAUAGUAUAUUACGUUACUAGCCCAGUAAGUGGUGUUUUACUGUGCGAGCACAACAGUUCCCCCGCGAGGCUUAUCCGAGUGCAGGAUUUUUGUGUGAGUACGUUAAAAGUUAAAAGCUUACCGGGCGAGUAACGUACAAUACUUUACAUCAUAAUACACAGAAUAAUUAGUACAUUUCAAAUGCAUAACAUCAUUUAUUUAAGAUGUAACCAUUGACUAUUGGAUACCGAAGUAGGCGUUCCAUCUAUAUGGACCAGCCGUAGCAAAUUUUUUGUUAAAUUUGGAGUAUGUAACAUAAAUUAUAAUAUUUCUUUAUUACAGAAAAUGAAAUGGGCUGUUGCAGUUAGCUGUUUAUUUCAUAGUGCACGGUAAAAAGUUUUUAGCAGUGCACGGUAAAAGUACAUAACGUUACUUUUCCGUGUUUAGGCAUGGUAAAGGGCAACUUUCCAGCCUAUCAAUAUGGAUGGAAAAGUACCUGUUUCUGUGUAGUAUGAUGUAAAAUUAAUUAUGUUACCGUAUACAAGCAACAGCAACUGAAUCUUAAACUUCCAUGCCUUGACUUGCAUUUAAAUAAUUUCAAAUACUUGUAUACUUUUAAAAUUGAAAAUUACCCUAUAUAUUGCUUUUUUAUUUGGAGUGCAACUUUUUUCUCAACGUUUGUUCAAUUCUAACCAAUCACACAAUUUUAAUAAUGUAAUGAAUUACUGAUUAACAAAAUUACGAUCACAGUCAGUUUACCUCAAUUUGGUUGAUAAUUCAAUAUUAGCUUCUUCUAAUUGAUUUAAAUAUGUGAAAAAUUGUAAGACAAGCUACUGAUAUUACCAUGUCUUCCGUUGAUGCACAUUUAAGCCCGCACACUAGUUUUAAUAUUUUUGUGAUUUAGUUAACUUAGCACAAACGAUCUGACUCUGUACAAAGUUACUGAUAUCUUUGCCACUUCAUCUUUUAUGUGUAUUCCAUACUUAUUAUAAAAUAUAUCUGAUAUUACUUGUAA